AUCUUAUAAAUUUGAUGAGCGGCCACGAUUAUUCUUCACCUAGGUCCACUAAGUCGAACAAUUCAGGAAACAAUACUGAUGAAGAUGAUCCGGUUGUUGCCAUGAUAAAGAAAUCAGGUUGCUUGGAGGAACAUUACGACGUUCUGCAGUGUAUGUACGAAAAUAAAGACUGGAGAGCCUGUCAAGACGUCCUUCACGUAUUCAAAAGCUGUAUGAACAAAUCUAAGCUCAACUCAAACUGAGAUGGAGUCUAAAGAAACGUACGCGUUGCGUGUCUGUGGCCCGAUGAUUGUUCAAAGCCUGGAUCCAAUGGACGUACUAGAUAGUCUGUUCAGUGGAAAGUGGUUAUCCAUUGCGGAAUACCAGCAAGUUUUCCGAAUGUGUACAGGCGGAAAUAUAAGAGACGCAUGCAUAAAAUUGUUGGAUCUACUACGUUCUAGACCAUCCGGUGCGUUUGAGUGCUUCGUAAAAGCUCUUGAGGCGGAAAACUCCUUCUUGGCACCGGAACUCCGUCGUCUCCAACAACAAGCUCCAGAGGGAAGGCGCCGUGAGCACAGUCUAUCCGAUUUGAGGGAAACCCUUAUCGAUGGUGCUGUCCCGGAUAUACCGAUUCAGCACGUAUAUCGACGCAAACUGGUCAACAAUUUGGCUACAUGCCUUCGAACGUUAGCCGGUCGUUUCCGUUUCAAACUCAGCACAGAUAACGCAACCUCAGAAUUCCUCAAUCUCAGUCUCGAUGUGAAUGUACCGAAUAAAGGUCGUGGAGUCCUACCACAGUUCACGGAUUCACAACCGGAGUGGCAGCCCCCACCGACCAACUCGUGGCUUUUAGUUCAUGGAAUGGCUGGUUGUGGUAAAACAGCCUUGUGCGCCAGUGUACUACGUCGUAAAUUGGAGUUAUUGGCCGAAUGCUUUCCCGCAGGUGUCAUCUGGUUGGAUGUCGGAUCAUUGAAGUCUCCACCACAUUCCCCAGCAACGGCAGCCAAUGCACCGUUCUCACUCACUACACAACUCAUCUCUCUUGUUGACCGACUUGAACGUAAACUUUCUCCCUCUAAUCGAUAUUCUGACGAGUUCCGUCAAAUACAGAAUACUCCUCCCAGAUCCUUCAGUCCUCCAUCUGUUGCACCAAAUAUUUCAUCGUCGUCGACGCUUGACGAGUCCUUGGAUCGUCUGAGGAGGGCGCUAAUGCGGCGACAAAAACGAGCAACUUGGGGACCAGAUGAAGAAGAAUACUCCACGUCGUUAUUACUGAUUGUCUUGGAUGACGUUUGGGACGUUCAAGUAGGACGUGCUCUUAGCAACAUGCCAGCUGCUUUUCUGGUGACAUCUAGAGAUCGAAGUGUACUACAGCACGUUGAAACUCCCGUAGAACGGUUUUCCUUGUACGAGGGACUCCUUGAGGAUGAGGUUGCAGAAUUGCUUUCGAAUUGGACUGACUUACCUGUGAAUCGUUUUCUACCCCCGCCGGUCAGUACGCACAUUGUUCACGACCCCGGACAUUCAAGUCUGUACCAUCUUGCCCGACAGUGUCACGGAUCCCCAUUUGCGGUCAUGUUGCUGGGUUAUCUACUUCGUGAACAGUACCAUCGUCUUUCCGACUACAUGCACGACCCUACAGGCUGUGGUGUACCCGUUCUCAACUGGGCCAUGAUCCGCCGUCCAAGUGCAUACGGUUACGAGACACUAUUCGCGGCUAUUGACAAAAGUUUGAUUCAUCUCUCUCCGGAAUGUCAGGAUUUUUACCGUCAGCUCGUUAUUUUCGAUUCGAACAUUGUGCUCACUCCCAAGGUUGCCGGCAUACUGUGGGAUACUACUGAUGACAAUGCGGAGCGUAUCCUAGGAGAAUUCGUCCGAUUCUCUUUGGCCAUCCGGUUGUGGGUUCAGUAUUCCGAUUGUUUCGGAUACCUUAUCCCCUCAAUACAACUGGACCUGCUGAAGAUAUCCACAAACAUGAUCAAGCAAGCAGCAUAUCACGCUCAGUUUUUCAAUAACUAUGAGAAGUACUGCUCCCGUCGUUGGUGGCAUCUCGUUUCCACAGGGGAGCACAUUUAUUUCUGGCAUCAGGCCACUGAGCACGUGUACAAAUCUGGACGUUUGGACAAGCUGGUAGAUUUGAUGACCAACUUGGAGUUCCUGCGGGGUCGUCUAGCUGUGGUCGGUGCGAGUCCAAUCAUUGCAGAAUUCGAUCGAUAUCGGGCGGUGUUUUUCACUUUGGAUCGUAUGGAUGAUUGGCACGCAUACUUGCGCUUCAUUCAAACUAACGCUUACUUUGUCAUCGACCCCAACUCCUCACGGCCUACAAUGAGAGGGCGUUCACCGUACCGGAAAGACACCCGUUCGGCUUCUCAAUGGAGCCUAGAGUCCUCUUCUCCAGUUCUCCAGACUGACUCAGUUCGUGGGCCUUAUCAAGUGAAAAAAACGGAGACCACAGCGGCCGCCCGACCGGCUGCCUCACAAGCUCCCAAAGGACUUGAUUUGAUACAGUUGGGUCUUGGACUACCUCAGAACAGUCCGGUCUUUCAGCAAGCAGUCUCCUGGCUACUGAGGCAGCACCAACUAGCAGAUGGAAAGUGGACGGAAAAUGGUGAUGCGACUCCCACGGACCUAAGCACAUCAUCCUUCAAGCAAUCUCUUGUUUCCGAGUAUUACUGGUUCUGGUGCAACAGCCACGUUGCCGCUUCACAACUGCUUUGGGCCAUCCCUACAGGAACACAGGCAGUUACAUGCCUGACUGUGGAAUGUCCGGUUGAAUCAGAUGCUGAUACGGACUCGCCUGCUAACCAACAUGUAUACAGAAACCGGUUCCUUGCUGCCACACGGGAUGGGCGUGUGCUACUUUUGGACGCCGCCUCCGGUUACGAAGUUGCGGUUCAACAGACAUACUCAAGUGACGUGGAGGUAAAAUUUGUGUCGUUCUUAUCGAACAACACAGAGUGCCUGACGUGCGGGUCCAACGGGAGUUUAGUUGUAUCCACACUUCCACCGCCUGAGCUGGUAGACAGAAUGCACGAAUCUGAUGACGGACCUCGAAAGUACGUGGAAGUUAGUCCCAACGGGAAUGGCUCGCCCGUACCGGAGGAGGCUGACCUAAUGGGUGGUGUAGAUGUGGACGAAGACGGAGAUGGCAGUUUCUACGACGCCCUAUCGACACGGCGCCUGAGCGCAAAUGGCGCAAAAGAUGCAGCGACUCUGGGUCCCAGCGAAGAAGAUGACAUUUCGGAUGUGGCCGAUGAAAUCGACGUUUCCUGGCUACGUCGGCGUUCAACACUCGUAACGCAAUUUAAAGUGACGGCGCCCAUAGUACUUGCGGAAAUUCCUCGCCUUACUGAAGUUGUUCGUGUGGAUAGUGCCAAUCAAGUCCCAGAUGGGUCAUUGCAUAGCGCGGGAGAUUCUACGGCCCUGUGUUCUCUUCAGUGCAUCUGCGCACCACCUUCCCUGGAUAUCGUCGUGAUGAGCUGUUUUGGUAUCUUGGACCUAACGAUUCAUCGUGCUGACGGUGCACGAAGCGGGUCCAGAAGCCAGAGUAUCUCUACCCUCCCGUCUGUAUACUUUCUGAAACGAACUGAGAAUCACCUACACCUGGACUGUUCACGACAGCUGUCACUGCCUACGUUGCCAGCGGAUUGUCCAAUGUCACGGCUGCGUCGUGAUUCCACGCUGCACACUAUAGUGGCCGCAGUUUCUGCCGAUUCACAACUUAUUGCCAUUGCUCUGCAAGACGGACAUAUAUGGGUGUAUAGCCUAGAACAGAUCAGCUGGAUCACUUGCAUCUCGACUCACUUGGCCUUGGUACAUGCAACCGACAUGGAGCAGAACGAGAAUGGCAUGGUAUCCGUGCUUGAUGUUCGAAAGAAGAAAACUCCCAAUACAGAACCUGAACCCUUCCUACGAUCCGGACCCACACCAUCAUGUUGCCUAUUCCUUCCCACUUUGGAAACACCCACACCGUCAACUGAUUCAGUGACAGGGGGUAGUUUGUUUGCGGCGGCACUGACCAACCGCGUACUGGUUUGGUCGAUCCCAGAGAACAUUCCACUGGAUGAAUCCAAACUUGCCGACCCUGAAUCACUGUGGACUCAAAGCAGACCUUCGCGCUGCUUUAGUACUUCAUCCUCGGCUCACGUCCUAUGUUUAGAUGCCUGCUUGUUAGCAGGGCAACGCGUUUUGGCUGCGGGAACAACCAAUGGACGAGUCCUGUUCUGGCGAAUGCGUGAUGGAAUCCGCCUGUUCGAACUCAGUGCUCAUCCUAGCUGGGUCACAUCCAUCCGCCUGCUCUCACCGUUCAUGUCACCUACGUAUGGAGAACUGGAAAACGGCGAUUUGUCAACAUAUGGGAGUAAUGCGCCUAUGGGAGUUCUGACAGCAUCUGCUGAUGGUGUUAUCAAACGAUGGGACGUGGGAGCAGCUUGCCUACCUUCCCCAACCACUCCUUCAUCUGUCGGUCCUGCUUGGAAUCCCAAUCUGCCAUACCCAACACAAUCCCUACAAGCAGAUCCAGAAGCAAUCUCACCUACGGCGCUCCAUGGUCUUUGGACGGAUGUGUUCUCUGUUUGGUUUGGAUCACACGGAGCAUUAAUGGUUGUUGGACGUCGCCGGCACUCAGCUGAUUUACAGUUUUUGUUUCGACCUCAACAACACCUCACCACCGGCGAAAUCCUGAGUGGGCGUGUAAAUGUGUUCCAAGAGAUCACUGUGAAACCCUCGCAGCCUUUUUACUGGCGAUCCUCGAAAGAAUGCAAGGCGCGUGUGUCCUUGCCAACUUCAACCCAAAAUUUGACAACAAAUACCAAAGAAGAACGCUCACAGAAACUAAGCGAAAGUCGCACCUCGCCCCCCACCUCUCCGGCUCGGCCCACUCUGAUGCCUACCAAGCACUGGAUUGUCACAGCAGGUGUAACGGGAACAAACUUUGGAAGGGCUACUGCGGUUUCGUUUUGGUCAUGUGGUCUCUGGGUUGCCGUUGGUUACAGUAAUGGCUUGAUUCAGAUAUUUUCACUGCACUACGACAAAACCCAUCUGUUUGGCAUCGUGAAACGCUACUGCCUUGUCGAAAGCAAACCGAUCAGAGAGCAGCUUCGGUCCCGUCCACAAACGCCCAAAAUGCUUGAGCGCGUAGUUCAGUUGCAUACGUGGCAGUCUCAGCCAGAUCAAGGCGACUGGACCACUUUGGUGGUUGUCGCCAUAUUCGCCAGCGGAGCAAUCACGUUUUGGCACAUACCUCGCACUACGCAUGAACUAUCCAGCUGCGACAGUGGUUGUCAGGAUAUUGCUCCAAGCGGUUCGUGGCCGCCAAUGCAUGGAAUUGAUGUGGCUGAGGUUGGUCCAACACGCAGACUCUCCCAGGCCGAGGUGUAUUCCCGGGUGGUUUGUGAUACGGAUACAACAGAACUCCCGGUCCCAGUCACUUGGUCCACCCUGCGCCGCAUUCCUCACCUGUGUACCACAGACUCCCAAUCUAAAGGUCCACAACAGUCCCCUCGGCGUGUGCGACACAUUCUUGCUUGGCUCACAGCCGGUCAUGAUGGCAUGGUUUAUGGGCGUCAGGUUAUUCUCCCGGACCAGGAUUCGCCCGGUCCGGCCAUUCCCGAAGAAGGCAAACGCCCGAAUCGAGAUUUUCCACCGUGGUGUCUGAAUUUGGAGGCCCAUCGGUCUUGGACCAUCACAGAUGCUGAUGUCGAUCCCUCCGGACGUUGGCUGGUUACAUCUUCAACAGACAAAACAGCUAAAGUUUGGUCUCUGACUACCGGAAAACCAGUGUUUGAAACUGCCAAACAUCCGGCUUGUGUUCGUACCGUGUGUUUCCGUCCGGUAAUCGACGCGCCAGUGGAUUCUUCUGAUGCUGAAUGGUUUAUCGCGACAGGAGACGAUGCGGGUGCCUUGCGUAUUUGGUGUCUCAAGUCCCAUGUGCUGCGUGAUGGCUAUGAGGAUAUUGACAAACGAAGUGUUAUCAAUAGAGCCCUCAGUCCCGACAGCUACAAGAUUAAGCGACAGUUCGAGUUUAAGGGUGCUCAGAAAAAACUAGUGCACCUGAAUGGAAAGGUGCAGCAAAAUGGCUCACCCACAAAUCUAACGAGGUGUCCUAGCCCAGAAUUGAAUCAAACAGGACCGUCUAUGACUCCAGUUGGCACUCGCGCUGUUCAGAAACCUCCUUCGUUCCAUUCCAGUGCAGCUGGUGCAGGCGGUACCUGGUUGAGGCGACUUGUUUGGUCUCCAGACGGCCGAUUGCUCACUGGGUUAUCUGAUCGCCUGUGUGUUUGGCCCUUUGAGUCAAGUAGUGCUGGUGACCAUGACAUUCAACCCUUACCAACAUCUUUGUCUCCGUCCACACGCGCAGGUGGUCGUCGGGGUUCGGCGAUGUUUUCUGUAAACCAUGACAUUCAAGUCUCACCAGCAACAGUCAUGCCCCAAGGUUCACGUGCUGGAGGUCGUCGAGGAUCAGCAUUGCUUCCCGCCAAACAGCGUAUUCUUCAUCGUUGUCGUGUUCUACGUGUUCUAUCUUCUGGAGUUAGUGACGCUGUGAGUUCUUCGCUCAGUCCCCUAAAAGUCAGUCCCAGGCGCCGUUGCGAUUUCAAGGACAAAGCCAGUUGUAUGUGUGCCCGACUGCCCCCUUCCCUUUCAGACCUACCCCCAACUCUAGUCACAGUGGACGCAAAUACUGGCACGUUGUACAUUUUCGAUCCUAUCGGUGCCUUGUUCCGAUCCAGACUUGCUGUGUGAUACGAUUAGCUAAUGAUUCAUUCUGUCCCUUUCUGUGCCUCCAUCCAACCCCUCUUUCUGAUUCUGAGUCUAUUUUGGUUGACAGUUCCUUUUUUAUAGGUACACUUGUUUGUUAGUUAUGACCCUGUGUUUUAUCACUUUACCACGUUUCUAUUCUUCAUGUCAGUUGUUGCUCCAUGAAUUUAAAAG